CCUCGGCCAUGCCACACUUCCUGUCCGCUCUCGCACCCCGCCCCGUCCCUUGCAAUCCAACGAAGCUGCUUAAAAGGCCUCCGCCCUGGAUAUAAAAUGCAAUUAUUUGAUUUAGGCUGAAGCAGAGAUGGGAGCCGAAUCCCUGCCCGGCGUAGUCAACGGGACUUGGGCUAAGUAGCAAUUCCUGGCCCCCCCCGGCGGUCCUCCCCUUUCUGCCUCCGUUUCCUCCGGGGUCCUAGCGCUCCUCCUUUUUCUCCUCCUCCCGAUGGAGCCGCAGACGAAGGAGAAAGCGAAUAGACAAAGGAGAGAGCAGGUAAGGAGAGAGCAAGAAAUGCAGGCUGGGGCAGCCUUCCUUGGCCUUGACUUAAUGUCUUCUUUCUAUUUAAUAAUGCAUUUUUAAAAACGAUAAAAAAUUAAUAAAUAAAAAGCAGAUCGGUCCUGGUGCAUCGCCUGGCGUUGGACCCUGCUCCCCCUCCUUGCGCCCAGAUGGCCACCUCCCCUGGUCCUAAAGACAGCCAUUUUGCCGGGGAUUCUCCGGAGAUGCGUUUCUGGCUCGGGUGCCAGGCGCUGCCGGGACCUGCCCGGGCAUCGCGGAGCCUGAGAGGGGGCCUGGGUGGUGGGGUGGGGGGCUGAGAGCCUUUUGCUUUGUGUGGGGAGCGGGGAAGCAAGGGAGAUGCGGGCUUCUCCUCCUCCCUCCUCCUCCUCUUUUUGUUUGUUGGUCCCUCGGUCCUAGAGACAGCCAUUUUGCAAGGGAGGCUCUUCGGCCGGAGCAAACCUUUUGUGCGUCUCUGGGUUGCUCUCCUGGCCCCCCGAGCAUCCAGCGGCAAACAUCUGCUAGCAAUUGCUCUCCCGGCAGACGCGCAAACGCGUGCUGGAAUCUAUAUUACGCCAGGGAGGUGGGAAUUCCUUUGCAAAGGCUGUCUUUUAGGAGAGCAGUUUCUGCAACAGAUCUGUCCAUCUGCGAGAGCAUUUUGCUAUAAAAAAAAAAGUAGAUGGAUGGGCAGCUCUAGCUCUCCGAAGGUUUUGUUUUCUUAACUAGAACCCCUCCAUCCCGCAUUUUACAGAUGAACACGGAGAGAGUCUUUUGCCCGACGAUUUCCAUAUGAGCAUAAGAGAGUAGUUCACGUUAAAAGGAGGGACAAACCCUUGUGGGUGUUUCAAAAUAUCGUUUAAUCUCACAGUGCUUACAUUAGUAUAUGGAAUAGCGGCAAUCCCCAAGUACGUUCCACUGUAAUGACGACCUCCGUAGGUGGUGAUGGGGAUGUAAGCAAAGUUGUGUACAUGCAAAUAUAGCCAUAGCGCCCCCCACCUACCCAAUUUGAAGCUUUAUCUUCUAGAGACCCCACUCUCCUCUUCUCCCCCUUCCCUUCCCGCAAACAGUUUUUAACCAGGGAAUGGGGACUCAGAAAUAGGAAUUAUUUUGGUAAAUAGAGACAUUCUGGAUUUAUGCUGAAUCAGAUCGUCUCCGCUUCAAAUUGGGUUCCAAAUAGAUCACUGCAACUUCAAAGUGUUUGUCUCUCCAGCCUCCCUCAAAUCUGUAAUCUAGGAAGCAUCUAGCUUUCUUCCCUAUAUUCAGGUCAAUUUACAUAAUGCAUUUCUUUUGCUUCCACGUCAAACCUUUAUUUUGAGGGUUUAGGCAUUGAGCGGCAGCUAUUUUUUUAAUGAAAGGACAGGUGCCUUGACUCUUCGGAUGAGAAGCCUGUACCUUCUGCCUAGGAAAGCUUCACUUCUGCUCCCAGAUGUACGAAGGCUGGCUGUGGUCCUGUAGUGUGAAAUGGGCAUUCCAGAUGUGCUCAGAGGCACUCUUUGUACCAACCUUUGAAGUGGGUUCCUUAGCUCAGAUUAUGCCCUGGGGAGAGGGGAAAGACUUUCUCUUGCAGAUUCUAUUGUCCAGCCAGUCUCUCUCCUCUGCAAACUCCUCUCCAUGGUUUGCAAACCUUUGUUGCCUUUCCCUCGCUGGGGUCUUAGAGACAGCCAUUUUACAUCCCAGGACUUCAGCCCAUACAAAGGGAAUAGAAUUCUUCCUGUGUAUACAUCUCUGAUUGCCUUUGCAAAUCUCAGGAACUCCACCGGAAAGAGAAUUGUGGAUGGAGCUUAUGAUUAUUUUUUUAUUUUCCUCUGGAAUUGUUCUUCCAUCUUCCAUAAAGAUGCAUUUUAGCUGUUUUCUCCUCCCUUUAUCCUCUCCCUGCCCCCAUCCCCAGAUCUUAAUCCAGCCAUUUUGCAAAGAGCACCAUCCCAGCUCUGGGGGAGGCAAGCAAAAUUCCUCCACGAUCUGUCUUUGUUGAGCAGAGAAACGUAUCAUUUCCACCCCUUCCCCACCCCAAACAUACUCUCCUGUCUGGAUUUUGAACUCUGUUCCUACCAGCUGUCCUUUUCCUUCCCUCCUGGGGGACUAAUAUGGGUCCCUGUACCCCAGAUAGCCAUUUUGCAACUAUUCUGCAUAAGGCAGGGAGAAUUUUGGUGGUGGUGGUUGUGUUUAGUUGCAUGCGCCUUGCAAACUGCCUGCAGAGCAGAGUCUCCCUUGCGCUAAGGGAAUUUCUGCAUUCCAAAACCCCGUCCCUUCCUAGGUUCAUAGAUAAGCGUGGCUUCUCAGAGCCCAGGCCCCAGUGACACCAGCAGCUAUAGGUCCCACUCACAACACAAACAACUUGCAUAUAUAUUAAACAGAAUAUAUGUUAUUCCCCCCCCCCAAAAAAAAAAUGCUGUACCAUUUAGCUCCAUGGAAUAAAUAUCUUCCACCUACAUGCUUAUUAUUGUCUGGUUUUUACUGGAUGCAUUCAAUUUAUUUUUGUUUGGUUGAUGAGUUUUACCCUUCCAGCCUUAGACCACAAAUCUUUAAUUCAUUUACAGCAGCACUCGGGAUUUCCCCCUGCCUCCAUGCAGUCCCUCUUCUAUGGCAAAUCUAACCCCAUGAGGUUGGGCAAUCAACUCCCCAGCCGUACCAAUGAUUAUUUAAGGGCUGAGUGCUGAUGAGCCCUGACUCAGUUUGCUUGCACUAUAUUUCUUCUCUACAACCCAGAACUUGUGGCUCUGCUUCUCCUGCAUCUAUCUAUCAAGCAGUUGCUGUCUUGUGACUAGAAGAGGGAAGGAUGACUCUAGGCCAGGCAUAGGCAACCUUUAGCCCUCCAGAUGUUUUGGCCUACAACUCCCAUGAUCCUUAGCUAGCAGGACCAGUGGUCAGGGAUGAUGGGAAUUGUAGUCCAAAACAUCAGGAGGGCCGAAGGUUGGCUAUGCCUGCUCUAGGCCCACCUCCCCAUCACUUAGGGCCUGUGGGCGAUGCUGCGGUGUUAGUGAAGGAGCUAGCUCCAACAGGCCACUAGACCUCAUGAAGAGAUUGGCAGAACCCUUUAUGCAGGCAGCUGUCGGUUGCUUCUUGGGAAUUGCAAGUGGGGAGAGUUCCUGUUGCUCUCAAGUCCCCUUUGCAGGCAUCUGGUUGGCCACCGUGAGAACUAGGAAGGACUGGACUAGGUAGGCAUGAUUCAGCUGGGCUCUUCUUCAUGGUUGUGGGAGCACAGUGUUGAAGAAGAGUCCUGCAGGAUCAGGCCGAUGGCCCAUCUAAUCCAGCCAACCAGGUACCUGGGGGAAACCUGGGACCAGAAUUUGAGCACAAGAACACUCUCCCCUCCUGUGGUUUCCAGCAACUGGUAUUCAGCUUGGGGGUGAUCCUGGAUCCUUUGCUGUCAUUUGAGGCUCAGGCGGCCUCAAUGGCCUGGAGUGCCUUCCAUCAGCUUAGGCUGGUGGCCCAGCUGUGCCCCUACCCAGACAGGGACAACCCAACUACUCUUGUCUAUGCUCUGGUAACCUUGAGGUUCUGCAAUGUGUUAUACAUACUCUGAAGACGUACAUACUGUAUACAUACUCUGAAGGCUCUGAAGACGGCUUGGAAACUUCAGCUGGUGCAGAAUUCAGCGGUCAUACUUCAGGAGAUGAGACCGCCUCUCUCCAUAUGAACCAACCUGGUUCCUGUGGUCAUCGUCUCAGGCCCUUCUUCGUGUGCCUCCUCCAGGAGAGGUCCGGAGGGUGGCAAUACAAGAGCUGGUCUUUUCUGCAGUGGCUCCCCAUUUGUGGAAUGCUCUCCCUAGGGAGGCUCGCCUGGCACCUUCAUUAUACGACUUUGGGCGCCAGGUGAAAACUCCUCUUCAAGCAGGCCUUUGGCACAUUGACAUCCUUUACUCUUUUAGAUGGGCUUGGCGCAGGGCGGUUUAUUGGCUUGUGGGUUUUUUGUUCUUGGUUUUUACAAUGUUUUUUGUGUUUUUAUCUUGUAUUCUUAUGUUGCCAACCACCCUGAGAUCUACGGUGGAAGGGCAGUGUACAAAUCAAACCAACAAACAAAUAUUCGGAAGCAUUGCUGCCUCCCAACUUUGAGCUUCCUUCUGCUUGUUUUGUUUCAGGCAGAGACCUCUCCCAAAAUGGCGGAGGCUGUGGAGGAGGAGGAGUCAGGGGUGGAGGUGAAGCUGGAGGACGAUGAGGAGGACGAGCCCGGCUACAUCCAAUCCGGCCGGCGCUACAAGUGCCUGACGUGCAGCAAGACCUUUCCGAAUGCGCCCCGCGUCCAGCGCCACCUGAAGUCCCAUGCGGCUGGCACUGGCUUGGCCGGCAAGCUGUCCUGCCCCAGCUGCAGGAAGGAGUUCCCCGACCGCGGGCAGCUCCGCAAGCACCAGCUCAGCCACCAGACGGAGCGCCCCUUCCAGUGCCAGCUGUGCGCCAAGGCCUACAAGACGGCGCCCGAGCUGCGCAACCACGGGCGCAGCCACAGCGGCGAAAAGCCCUUUGUGUGCCACGAGUGCGGCAAGGCCUUCAUGCAGCCGGUCUGCCUGCGGGUGCACAUGGCCCGCCACACGGGGGACCUCCCCUUCCGCUGCCAGCAGUGCCACAAGGGCUAUGGCACGCUCUCCAAGCUGAAGAUCCACCAGCGCUCCCACACGGGCGAGAAGCCCUACUCGUGCGGCGAGUGCGGCAAGCGCUUCGCCGACCCCUCGGUCUUCCGCAAGCACCGCCGCACCCACGCUGGGCUGCGCCCCUACCAGUGCCAGGCGUGCCACAAGACCUACGCCGAGCUCAAGGACCUGAAGAACCACGAGCGCUCGCACACGGGCGAGCGGCCCUUCCUGUGCCAGGACUGCGGCAAGGCCUUCUCGCGCUCGUCGUCGCUGGCCUGCCACCAGCGCAUCCACGCGGCCCACAAGCCCUACCGCUGCAGCCUGUGCGGCAAGGGCUUCACGCAGCUCUCCUCCUUCCAGAGCCACCAGCGCACGCACUCCGGGGAGAAGCCCUUCCUGUGCCCACAGUGUGGGCGCAUGUUCAGCGACCCCUCCAGCUUCCGGCGGCACCAGCGGGCGCACCAGGGCCUCAAGCCCUACGCCUGCGACAAGUGCGGCAAGGCCUUCCGCCAGCCGGCCGACCUUGCCAUGCACCAGCGCAUCCACACGGGCGAGAGGCCCCACAAGUGCCCCCAGUGCGACAAGAGCUUCGUGGCCUCGUGGGACCUCAAGCGCCACCUGCUGGUGCACUCGGGGCAGCGGCCCCACCAGUGCGGCGAGUGCGGCAAGAGGUUCGCCGAGCGGGCCAGCCUCACCAAGCACUACCGCGUCCACUCCGGGGAGAGGCCCUUCAAGUGCGGCCGCUGCGGGAAGGCCUUUGUGGUCUCGUCUAGCCUCAGGAAGCACGAGCGCACCCACGGCAACGAGGCCGGCGACAAGCCCGCCCCCCUCGCCAGCCAGGACCUCCUCGCCACAGACCAGGCGGCCAUCGUGGUUGCCACGGUGAUGCCCGCUUGCGGGGAGUGCGGCGAGGCUUUUGGCUCCGCCCAGGAGCUGCGGCGCCACGAGCGGCUGCUGCACCCUUCCCUGCGCCCGUUCCCCUGCCCCGAGUGCGGCAAGGGGUUCUCGGACCGGGCCGGGCUGCGCAAGCAUGAGCGCAUCCACUCCGGGGUCCGCCCCCACGCCUGCCCCCAGUGCCCCAAGGCCUUCCUGGGCGCCUCCGACCUGCGCAAGCACCUCAAGACGCACGCGGCCACCGAAAACAGGAGCCCCGACGAGACCGUGGUGACCGCCACCAUCACGACCUACGAGCAGCUGCUCCCCGCCCACAUCCACCCCCAUCACAACGACGACGGCAUGGAGACGGACAAGGAUUCUCCCUCAGACUGUCUUCCGGAGCCUCUCACUGAACCUUCCUAAGCGCAGUCUCUUCUUUCCUGACGUGUGACUGGGCAGCUUGGCUUGCCAGUAUCAUGGCCUCACCACACCAUGGUGGCCUGCCUUCAUGAACCCCAUAGUCUGUCCUUCCUUCCUUCCUUCCUUCCUUCCUUCCUUUCCUCCCCCCUCCUUCCCUUCCCCUUCCUCUCUUCCCUCCUUCCUCAUAAGGCUGUGUGGUUAGCACUCCUUUGACGCCUCCCCUUUGGAGCACAGCUCUUGCUCCUCCAGCUCUUCUCCUUGUAGAAGCAGGCUUGGCUAUGGGCGCUUCGUAAGUCUUGCCUCUUAAGUCGGUGUGGCUUUAGGCUCCCUCGCUAGCCCUGCCCUUCCCCCAGCAUCAGACAUUUGCCUACCUGGUGGACGUGCCUGGGCAGGUUGGGGUGUGUGGAUGAGCUUUUAAAACACGGACACCCCCUCACACACACACCAAUAGGAGUCCAUAUUUUUUGCGUCUGUGCGUGUGCUUCUGCCCCCUGCAGACCCAUCCUGCUGUCAGGUUGUGUGCGCAUCUGUGGCAAUCCAUUGGUUUACUGACACUGGGGGGGUUGGGGUUGGGGGGGUGGAGUUAAAUUAGGGGAGUGGGUGGGGGGAGAAUGCAAGGAACCUCCCCCCACCCUAUCAACUCCCAGGACAAUUAAUUCUACUCAAUCCGGGUCAUGCUGUCUGAACAGAUCAAAUAAAAGCCUUGUGGUUUUUUUUAAAAGAAA